AUGCCCAAAUCCAAGUCCAACGAUGGGUAUCAGCGCGGUGUUUAUGGUGCACUGCGUACGCUUAUGCACCUAAUCGCGGCCAUCCAGUUUUCAUACGGAAUUUAUUAUGACUUUACGUACGUUCACUUUCCACCGGGAAUGCUACGACCGGGUGGUGAGUUUGGUGGCAAACUAAAAUUUCUCACUGUCUGGGAUGCGAUACUACAAGCGGUUUACUUUACGAUCUGUCUGCUAAACGAUUUCGUCGGCACAAAUGAGGUAGCUCCGAAGCGGAUGCCACUGAUCCGGAAAGUGAAGGAUUACAUGCUGGCCGCGUUCGCUUUCCCGGUAGCGCUGAAUGUUGGCGUUACGUUUUGGACGCUGAUGGCGAUCGAUCGUGAGCUCGUGUUCCCCAAGGCGCUAGAUGCCGUUUUCCCUGGCUGGCUAAACCAUGUGAUGCAUACCAACAUCGUCAUUUUCAUGGUAAUAGAAAUUUGCACCAGCUUCCGGCAGUACCCGACGCGUAAAGCCGGUUUGACCGGUCUGGGCAUUUUCAUGGCAUCAUACCUUGGGUGGUUGCACGUUGUGCGACACUAUGGCGGCAUCUGGGUCUACCCGGUGCUGGAAGUACUGAACCUACCGCAGCGUCUCGUAUUCUUUGCCGUCAGUCUUGGUUUUUGCGUAGGUCUGUACCUACUCGGGGAGUUCUUUAACAAUCUGAUCUGGACGAAGGAGCUCAAACAGCUUCGGACGGCCACUGCCGGCGGUGCUAUGUCUCAACCGACGGUAGACGAUGAACUAUCCACAAAGCUCCAUGCGAUGAAUAUUGUGUAA